AUGGCAGGAGCAUGCCACCACCAGGCCCCGCCUGCAACAGAACUCUCCAAUGCAGAGCGCUUCAAAGCUACGCACCUCGCCGCGCGUCAUGGCAACUACCACCAAUAUUACGCCAAGUUUCGGGCGCCCACCGUUCCGGACGAGCGCCUUUCCAUUCUCCCAUCAGAUAUCCUCCGCAAUGCGCGAGUGAUAGACCUGGGCUGCAACGCGGGUAAAUUGACCUAUGAAGCGAUAGCGCACUGCGGCGCGGCAGCUUCAGUCGGCGUCGAUAUCGACCCGUGGCUGGUCGAGCAGGCGAAAGCAGCGUACCCCGACGGACCGUGCACAUUUGAGCACUUUGACUUUGUGGAUGCGUCCGCAUAUACAGGAACCGCGCUAGGCAAGUUCGACGUUGUCCUACUGCUAUCUGUGACUAAGUGGAUCCAUCUCAACAACGGGGAUCCUGGAAUGUUGAAGUUAUUUGCGCACAUACAGAGCAUACUGAAUGAUGGAGGUUAUCUCGUCGUGGAGCCGCAGCCGAUGAGCAAUUAUGCGAGAGCUUCAAAGAGAAAUAAAGAAUUGAGAGAGACCUAUAAGACCAUUAAGAUUAGGCCACCGUUCGACAAUGAGUUGAAAGCGCUGGGAUUUGAGAGGAUACUACAAGUUGAGAGGGACGAGGCGGGGUUUGCUAGGCCCGUACAUGUUUGGAAGAAAAGUAGCGUCAAACGAUGA